UUUUAUUGCUACCACAUCAUCUUUGACAUGGAAAAGAUUUCCAAAAAAUAGUGGCAACGACAAUCAUAACACUGAUAUGUCACCGCUUGGGAAAGAAUCUUGCUAUUGCACUGGUGAUGAAAAAUGCUGCGGAACCGUUUGUUGUGACCUCGACGAAAAAUGUUGCGGAAACACUUGUUGUGAUCGCCGCGACAAAUGCUGUGGAGAUGAAU